GAGAGAGAGAGAGAGAGAGAGAGAGAGAGAGACUGCCGAGGAGGAGACAGAGGGGACCCGGAGACAACACGUCCCACGCCAGAGCCAGACAGCCGGGGAACUUUGAUUUGACGCCAAGUGGCCCGCGAUGGAGAUGACGACGAGCAGGAAGAUCCGCGCUCCUUGCUCCGCUCCUUAGAUUCCGAUAUGUCGGGCGUGUGCCACACGUAGUGCCCUUGGACUCUUACGCUCUCUGAACAUUUCUUCUUCUUCUUUUUUUUUUUUUUUCUCCUCCUCCGAUCUCGCUCCUCUGCGCGCCGAUCCGAGCGCUUUGUUUCCAGCCGCGUUGCAUGUGGGAUUUCCAGCCGUGAUGUCUGCGAUGUUCCGCUCUUUGUUUCUGGUUCUAUUCAGCCUGCUGUCGGUGGGCGCCCAGACUGAGAUGAAGAAGGUCGUCGGGGACAAUGCCACUUUACCGUGCCACCACCAGUUCCCGUCAUCCGGCUCUCUUGACAUCGAGUGGCUUCUCCAGAAACCAAACUCCAAACAGAAUGUGAUCAUCACCUUCUUUGGGGGUCAGGUGUACACCAAUGUGGCGACCAGCAGCGAGGCCAGCCGCCUGUCCUUUGCCGGCGAGUACCUGGGUGGAGACGCCUCCCUGCUGAUCAGUGACCUGCUGCUGACCGACUCCGGGGAAUACUACUGUAAAGUCAAGACUGGAGGAAAGUACCACUGGAGCCAGGUCAACCUCAUCGUGCUGGUGAAACCCUCCAAGCCGAGGUGCUGGCUGGACGGCAAACUCCAGGAGGGCAGCGACGUCAAGCUGAGCUGCAAGUCCAGCGACGGUUCUGACCCCAUCAACUACAAGUGGGAGCGAGUAUUGGACAAAGGCAAGAGUCUGGGCAAGCUGCCAAACCUGGCACUGAUAGAUCUCAAGAACCCGGAGCUUGUGACUCUGAGGAAUCUCACCAUGGAGAGCACCGGAGUCUACAGGUGCACGGCGAGCAACGACGUGGGGGAGGAGAACUGCACCAUCGAGGUCCCCAUGCAACAUGUGAGGGAUGUGGCCAAGUUCGCGGGUGCAGCGGUGGGAAUAUCCCUUGGCGUCCUCAUUGUCAUAUUAAUCAUCUGGCUCGUCUUCCGCAAGAAAGAAAAAAAGAAGUACGAGGAGGAGGAGACUCCAAAUGAGAUCAGGGAGGAUGCGGAGGCUCCCAAGGCCAAGCUGGUGAAGCCCAACUCCCUCUCCUCGUCCCGCUCCGGCAGCUCACGCUCCGGUGCCUCCUCCACCCAGUCCAUGGUGCACAACAGUGCCCAGCGUGGUCACCGCCCCCGCCCGCCUGCUGUAGCAGCCCUGAAGGAGAAUGGACAGCCUCCAGGCUUCCCCCAGUCCCCUCCGGCCUACACUACAGUGGUGCCCAAGACCCCCGAGCCCCCCGCCACUCCCAAAUACAACUCCAGGAACACGUCCGGGCCCACACCGCCGACCCUCAUGGUCCCCGCCCAGACCAAGGCCUUUCAGACUGUGUAGGACUGAAAAGGCAACCGCUUCCUGCAGCCAUGUGAGACUCCCAUCCCAAGCCCAAGCCCCCUAGCCCGCCCCCCCUCCCCCCAAAGACUAAGACUCUACCAUUAACAAAGAAAUGCAACUAGUUAAGAGGAUGUAAUUAAAAGAAUCAAUACUAUAAGUCCAAAAGUACGUUAAAUGAAUGCAUACUUAAAAAGGGAAAAUAAGACAUGCUUGCCCCCUUCUGAAUUACGUAAAACAACAAAAUAAAAAACACGGCCUGAGAUGCAAACGCUGUGUUUGUGUCUCAUCGCUGAAGGCAGAGCUUUUUUUUUCUUCUGAGUUCCGUGUUUUGGCUUCGGAAGGGAAGCGGCGUGUGCAGCGAGGUGGAAGGAGGAGCCCCCUGCGGUCUUUAUAUAUUAAAUCAAAGGGUUAGGCAUGCAGCUGAGAAAAGGAGGAGAAUAAAAUAACCGACACGGUGACAGGAAGUAGAUCCAAACUCAAAGACUGUUGAGCUUUUGGUUGUCGACCAGAACACGACGGAUACCGAAGAGGGCGGGAAAGGGGGAGGAAAGAGAGCGCGAGUGCGUCAGACAGCUGCUGACUUCUUCUUCUUCUUCUUCUUCUUCUCUCUCCCCCUCUCUCUCUCUCUCCUGGAGGAGGGGAAGGGGACGUGGGGGGUGAUUCUCUGAUUCAUGUCACCCUCCACCUCCGACUCGCCGCCUCCGGCAUCUGCUCCGAAAACCCCACGAACCCCUUUUCGCCUCCCACGGGCCGGGCCGACGGCGCCCCCCCCCCCCCUAACCGCGUGGAACGUGAGACGGUGUGUGCGGCGUGUGCAUCAUCUGCCUCGGUGCUCUCUGUCCUCCGUGCUCUCAUAACCGCGGGGCGGUCCGGAGACCGACUCGGCCGGCCCCCCAAAACGGCUCGUCUGCUUUACCAAUCAGCUGCGGGCAAACUUCAGGUACACGGAUGUAGCGUUGACAGUGGAGCCAAUCAGUGGAAGAGACACUCCCCUCCCACAUCCUGUCUCCAUCUAUGGACACCUUUUCUGGAACUGAGUACCUUUCAUGAGUAUUAAAUAGUAUGUAUUAGGCCUAUAGCGUGUCAAUACUUUAAAUAUAGGGGAUAAGCAUCUAUUAGACCAGCUGGACUUGUUUUCUUCUUUUUGUUUGUGUUUUUUUUUCUCUCUGAACAAGUUAUAAAGGGUGACAGACAGCUAUAUGUCCAUUCAUCCAUAUUAAGAAGUGCCACCAAUCCUUAGGAUGGGUCAUUAAUGUUGCUUUUUCUUUUCUUUUCUUUUUUUACUCUUUUGUUUACCUGCUUCAUUUGUGAACUGAAACCAAAAUCAAUCACCAUGAAUGUGUGAUGUACAAAGAUGGUGGAUCCCACUCUCUUCAGCUCCCUAUAGGUACUCAAUCAAUAUCCGUGCGACGGCACAAAGAAUUGACCUCCGCGCUCAAUUUUACAAUUACUCUGUCUGAAUGAAGGGAGCGAGGAGUAUGAUUCCAGAUACUUCAGUUGUACAGGGAGCGUAUGGUCUCAUUGUCAGUGCUCUGCCCGGAUCCAUCACAAUGGAAUGGCACUCGAUUGCUGUCUCGCCGGGUCAUCGGUACCUGCUUGCUUAUUGGUCGGCCGGUGCUGCCAAUUCCCCCUUUCGUUGUAUCCUCAGACGGACCCGGCGCGCUUUGAUUGAAAGUUAAAAAAAAAAAAGAAGAAAAGGGGGCAAGUAGCCUGUAUAGUGUGCCUUUGCAAUCCCUCUUCUCCUCUGGUUCCUUUAUUUGUUCCUUAUCUUCAGCGCUGAGGGUCAACAGUAGCAAAAGCUGAGGGGGAACAACUUGACAAAAGUCGCCCUAGAAUUAACAGACGCAGAACCGGGGGGCACCGAGCAGUGGCAGAGACCAAUGGGGAGAAAGCAAUCCCAAUGCCAUGGGACAGUGCACUGUGCAUUCUGUAAUCACUCUUGUUUUAUAUUGUACAUACGCAUAGAAAAACGCACACAGUGUCAUUUAAUUGAAUAAAUACAGCUGUGUGAGGGUGGAUACAGUACGUCCCUUACGAACGAGUCAAAUGGGAAACCCAGAGGUGGAUUUAAACCGUGUGUUUUCUGUACACACGCUGUGCAAACAAGUGAAGCCCCCCCAUUCUGAUGUGAUAUGACAGCUGUUUUUUAAAAUAUUUAUGUGGUAAAAAUAUGAGCUAUGUAAUUGUAAAGGAAAGGUUUAGGAAAAUUAAGCUUAAUCAAAUCAAGACCGCUUCCAUAACCUUUCCUCCUCUGCUGGGUCAAAAUGUGGGCAUUGACCUUGAAUAGUAAAUAUUAGUAGUUAUAGUCAACUAAUAACUCAUAUUUUGGAGAACAUCGUCUGGCACAAAUUAAACAAUUAAAGCUCUGUUACCGUUCCAAAGAAGAGCAAAUUGUCAGUACGUCUAUCACUUAUGAUAUUAAAUAUUCUAGCUCGCAAUGAUAUUUUCCCGGCUUGGUAGGGGGCUUUGUUCUUGUUUCACUUUCGAAACCAAGUUUCCACACGGAAGUAAAGACAAAGCAUAAAAAAAAAAAUCAUGUGGUUUGACUUUCACUUUGGGGGGUUUCACGUGCGACUAACUGUAAGGGAAGAAGAGAGAAAAUGCCUUUUUAUAUUCAACCAGAGACAACGGUUCAUAUAUGAGCAGGGAGGCUGCUGUGUGCGUCCGUGUGUGUGUGUGUGUGUGUGUGUGUGCGUGCUCGGGUGCAUGCAUGCAUGUUUGUGUGCGAGUGCGUCUGUGUGGGUGUGUGCAUGUAAAUUCCGUAUAAGCCCUUUGGCCACACCCACACAUCCUCAUGUUAGCCAUUCAAUGAGUGAGAUGGAUCCAGUCAGGCAAAGUAACCUCGAUCCAAAUUGAUGUGACUGCGGACUGACAGUGUUUAUUUUAGUAUUCACUGACUUCUGCGCCCGUUGAACUCGGCUUCACGGGCAGCAGUCAUGUUUUCGCUGGCGGGGUUGGUGUCUCGAGACAAAGCAUGUCCAUAAUUCAUAAUAUUGUCAGCUCUGGAGGGUGGAGGCCACUUGUACGCUCUCUCCUUGCUCUCGCCGUCUCUUAACAUAGAAUGCACUUGGCCCUGGGUGUACUGAUGGCAUCUCAAGGCACGCACACACACACAACACAGGUCAGGGUUGUAUAUACACACACAUAAACAGGUACACGUGGCACACUCGGGUCCGCACGGAAACACAGGCGUGUGCUUCGUGCACAUUCACAGUUUGCACAUGCACGCAUGCGCUCACAAAUGGACACACACACACACACAGUUUGCACAAACAAAAGCCCAAACGGCAGCCCUUGUUAUUUCUGCUCCUUCAGGAUCGAUUUGAUGGAUUGAAUGUCUGGAGGUAUUACGACUGACUGAUGGAAGCGGGAUGCUGAAUGCGGCACAGAAAGGGACAUCUUUCUACAUCACCCGGGGGACGUGUGCGCCCACACAUAAACACACAUAAACACACACACAUAUGUGCAUGCAGAACACUCAUGCACUCGGGAAUACAAACUCUGCUAUGCAUCUUAACUAUCUGCAGAGCAUAUGCUUAAGGACCUUUUCUUGUCCGGGAGUAGUACUGGGAAUCAGGAGAGGUGUGACGGGAUCGGUCGGGGUUCUGGGCUGUUGGCUCUUUGCGAUUUUAAUUCCACUCCAGCACCAGUGAAAGCGGCGGCUGGAGGCAGAGGACGGGAUGCGAGUCUUCCAGCGGUUAAAUUCCUCCGCGCUUUUUUGAUUUGCUCUGCAGCCACGGCUCAAGUCUCAGGUGGCAGAUUCCCCAGUUUAUGAGCCCUCGCGUGUGCUCAUCCCUCCUCGCGUGUGCAUCUGGACUGACUUUGCGCUCUUGCCAAUAAACUCGUGUUAAGGAGCUUUUGUCAGUCGAGCAGAGAGUGGAGGGGAGAAGUCAGCAGCACAUCCAAUAUCAUUCUUUAAAGCAGUAACCAUCAGCACUAUAUAUUGUCUUAUCAACACUCGGGAGGUGGAGGAAACAUGGAAUCAUGGAAUGGAAAUCCUACGUUAUAUGAUAGGAGUGUGAAUCUCAUGUAGCCACUAUGUUUUAUGUCCUAUUAAGCGGUUUUAUUUCCAAUUUAAGGUAUUGAGCAGAGCAAGGUGAUGCUCAGACUUUGUGGUUUGGCCUUUUCUGUGAGUACAGGGGAAUGUGAUGUAUUGAUACUUUCGGGAGAGGAAAUGGAGGAGCUGUAGUCAACCUUCGAGAAGGAAAGCAAAGGUACCUGCAUGUCAUAGGAGAUCGAGCAGACGAAUGGGAAUGCUUUGCUUUGAUGUAACAUAACUGUAUCCGGCUAAUAAUAGGAAAAGAAAAAAAGAAGAAAAAAAAUGGAAAAAAGAAAAAUCUACAAUUGUAAAUAUAUUCACAGAAAAUUUUAUGAAGCUUUAUUUUUGUCUUCUUCAUUUUGAAUUCAUCAUCCAUGUACUUUGCACUUUCUUUGUGAGCUCAUCACGGGCCUGUGUGGGAUCUGUGUGGUUGGCGGGUUCUUCCGACUACGUUGAUUGGAUGUCGGGUGGUGGGGGGGGGGGGGACGCGCUCGGCGCGGCGUCACAAAAGGGAAACGUAAGACACUUUUGUUUUCCUUACUCUCAUCCGUUUUUCUGCCGUGGCUUCUCUUUGGUUUUAUAAAACAGUACAGAUUUCUUUGUUGGUUCGUUUGAUGAAAACAAUCCAUGUAAAUAUCACAAGUAAAAAAAUGUAUAUUUUUACGACUUCUGAGUUAUUACUCUUUCAUUUGCAAAUAAAAUAUCCAAUGACAACUUAA